AUGCGGCGCGAGAAAACCAUUCGUAUCGGAAUACACGGCGCGAAGCAAAGGGCGGCGAUAAACGUCUGGCGAGAAAAUAAGGCAAUGCAAGCCCGCAUCGCCCACCCAUCCUACCCGCCGUCCGCCACCCGCAGAUGGCCAAGACAAGGCCCAGCUCGAACGAUUACGGGUGGGUAG